AUGGCGACUUAUAAUGUUAAUUCUACAAAGUCGUAUAUGCAUGCUAUGGAGCCCAUGAUGGUGGGCGUCAGCGGGCUUGAAAUCGAGGAAGAAGAAGAGCAGAGAUUCAAGAUCCCCCAUAAUAUAGUUGAUGGAGGGGAAGAGGAGUUGAAGGGAGAUCCCCUUGCCCGAAAUUUAAGAUCUUUACUAAAGGAUUUUGAAGGUGUUGAUCGCGAUUUGCUAAUGGAUUAUGAGGAAAGUGAAAGUGAGAGCGAUUAUGAAGAUAUAGGCGGUGAUGAAUCGUUUGAUCUUCUCAAUAAGAUCCGGACCAGCUGCGAACAGAUAUGCAAAAGGCAGUUUGGAGAAGGUGGAGAGAGUGAAGAAAGUAUUCAGCGACAGGCAGAGCAGUUGCUUAAAGGAAUAGUGACGACAUUGAGGGACAAAACUACAGAAGAAGGGCUCCAAAGCUAUCUAUUUGAUACUCUUGGCUUUGAAGAGCUUGAGUUGAUCUCGCUACUGAUUCAGAACAAAGACGAAAUUGUCAAAGAGUACGAUGGAAAACAGGCGCUUUCAAAGAUUCAAAACCAGUCCUCCUCUUUCUCUUCACAGGGACAUCGAUUACUCACUGAAGAGCAGAUGCAGCAUCAAUACGAGGCCAAUAGAGAACGCACUGCUAAUGCUAAGCUCGACCAAAGCGUGAUGGCCACAAAAUACCCACAUGUGUAUCAGUUGAGUAAUGCUGGAAAUAUCGUACCCUUCACCGGUAAAAAAUAUACGCUCCCCAUUGGAAGUACUCGUGAGUCGUUUGAAAACCAUGAGGAGAUUCUCAUACCUCCAUCAGAGAAAAAGCCCAUCAACCUUCCGACUGGUGAUAUAACUAUCAAUGACUUGGACUAUCUCUGCCAAGGAACCUUCAAAGGAUACAAGACGCUUAAUAAGAUGCAGUCAUUGGUGUACGAUGUCGCAUAUAACACCAACGAGAACAUGCUUGUAUGUGCACCUACCGGUGCAGGCAAAACUGACGUUGCGUUGCUUAGUAUUCUUCAUACCAUCAAUCAGUAUGUAACAGAUAUGCAAUCGGGAGAAUCUGUUCAAGUAGAUAUAGAUUACGAGGAGUUCAAAAUAGUCUAUGUGGCUCCUCUAAAGGCAUUGGCCGCUGAAAUAGUCGAUAAAUUCUCCAAGAAGUUGAAAUGGUUGGGGAUUCAAGUUCGAGAAUUGACCGGUGAUAUGCAAUUGACUAAAACGGAAAUUAUGGCCACUCAGAUCAUUGUGACCACUCCUGAAAAAUGGGAUGUCGUUACUAGAAAGUCGAAUGGUGAUACGGAACUUGUUGAAAAGGUAAAAUUAUUGAUCAUUGAUGAGGUCCAUCUUUUACAGGAAGACAGGGGUUCUGUAAUCGAGACCUUGGUGGCCAGAACCUUAAGACAAGUGGAAAGCACUCAGUCCAUGAUUAGGAUUGUUGGUCUUUCUGCUACUUUGCCCAAUUAUGUCGAUGUUGCCGAUUUUUUGGGUGUUAAUAGAAAUGUAGGCAUGUUUUACUUUGACCAAUCGUUUCGCCCAGUUCCGCUAGAGCAGCAACUUCUUGGAGUGAGGGCAAAGGCUGGAUCUAAGCAAGCCAGAGAGAAAUUGGAUAUUGUUGCUUUUAACAAAGUUGUUGAUAUGCUUUCGUUGGGUCAUCAAGUUAUGAUUUUUGUUCACUCAAGAAAGGAUACGGUUCGUACGGCAAGAAAUUUCAUUCAUAUGGCCUUGGAACAGGGGUUAUCUGGUUAUUUUGACUGUUCAGGGACUGCUAAAUAUGGUUUCUUUGAAAGAGAGAUGGGUAAGAACAAAAACAAAGACACGAGAGAGCUUUAUGCGGGUGGUUUUGGAGUUCAUCAUGCGGGUAUGAUGAGAGCCGACAGAAAUUUAACCGAAAAGAUGUUUUUGGCAGGUGCUAUUAGGGUUCUUUGCUGUACUGCCACCCUAGCUUGGGGUGUCAAUCUUCCUGCUGCCGCCGUUGUUAUCAAAGGUACUCAGGUGUACAAUUCUAAAGCCGGUGGGUUUAUUGAUUUAGGUAUAUCUGAUGUUCUUCAAAUUUUCGGUCGUGCUGGUAGACCCCAAUAUGAGAGCCAUGGUGUGGGUAUCUUAUGUACCACGUCUGAUAGGCUUGAUCAUUACAUCACUUUACUAUUAGAGCAACAUCCAAUUGAAUCAAAGCUUGCUGAUAAACUUGUUGAUAAUUUGAAUGCCGAGAUUUCUCUUGGCACAGUUACCAAUGUCGAUGAAGGUGUUCAAUGGCUUGGUUAUACAUACUUGAAUGUUCGUAUGAAGAAAAACCCGUUUGCAUAUGCAAUCGAUUGGAAAGAGAUUGCCAAUGAUCCUCUUCUUGUUCAAAAAAGACGAGAUAUGAUUAUUGUUGCGGCGCAGAGGUUGCACAAGCUUCAGAUGAUAGUAUUUGAUGAAAGAUCCAACGCCUUGAUCUCAAAAGAUUUGGGCAGAGUUGCUUCUGACUUCUAUCUUUUAAGCGAAUCCGUGGAGGUCUUCAACCAGUUGAUCAAUCCGGAGGUUACAGAGGCAGAUGUAUUGAGUAUUAUCUCGAUGAGUAGUGAGUUUGAUAACAUUAAGUUUCGAGAAGAAGAGAGUAAGGAAUUGGAAGACUUGAAAGAACAUAAAGCCGUUUGCGAAAUUGAUCGUAAGCUUGAGACUUCACAGACGAAGACAAAUAUCUUGCUUCAGUCGUUUAUUUCUCGGGCUGCCGUUAAAGACUCUGCAUUAUACUCUGAUACCAACUAUAUUGCCCAGAAUUCGGCUCGUAUCUGUCGAGCAUUAUUUUUAAUUGGGCUUGACAGACGCUGGGGAUCGUUUGCUAGAGGUAUGCUUUCGAUCUGUAAAGCUGUUGAUAAACAGAUCUGGCCAUUUCAACACCCUCUGAGGCAGUUCAGGCUUCAGGAGCAGAUAAUAAAGCAGAUCGAAGCAAAGAAUCCUAGCAUAGAGGUUUUAAGAGAAAUGGGGACUUCUGAAUUAGGAGAGUUUGUCCAUAAUAAAGGUAUUGGAAAGACCCUUUACAAGCUAAUUGGAAGGUUCCCGUACCUUCUGCUCGAUGCAGAAUGUUUCCCAGUGACUAGUCAGGUUCUUCGUGUGCACAUCAGCAUUGUACCUGAUUUCACUUGGAGUUAUGAAUAUCAUGGUAAUGCUCAAUUCUUCUGGAUACUUGUUGAGGAAAGCGAGAAGUCGAAUAUUCUUCACUUCGAGAAAUACAUUCUCAAUAGGCGUGCUAUGGGUUCUGAGCAUGAAAUGGAUGUAAUGAUUCCACUUACUGAUCCUCCUCCCAAGCAGAUCGUGAUUCGUGCGAUCAGCGACUCGUGGUUAGGUUCUGAGACUGUGCAUGCCAUUUCGUUUCAACAUCUUAUCAAGCCUUACAAUGAAACCACUCAAACCAAGUUGUUAAAGCUUCAGCCAUUACCAGUUACGGCAAUGCAUGAUGAGCAGAUUGAAGCCAUUUAUCGGAAGAAGUUUUCGUACUUCAAUCCCAUGCAAACCAUGGUUUUCCACACUCUCUACUACACAAAUGCGAAUGUAUUUGUUGGUUCGCCUACUGGUUCUGGUAAGACUGUAGUUGCCGAGAUGGCCAUGUGGCAUGCGUUCAGAGAGAUGCCGGGAUCAAAAAUUGUUUACAUUGCACCUAUGAAGGCUUUAGUUCGUGAGAGAGUGGAUGAUUGGAAGGAACGAAUAUGUAAUCACACUCUUCACAAGAUUGUGGAGCUUACAGGUGAUUCUUUGCCUGACUCACGGGAGAUACACGAGGCCGACAUCAUUGUCACUACUCCUGAAAAAUUCGAUGGAAUCUCUCGUAACUGGCAGACGAGGAAAUUUGUUCAGCAUUUAUCUCUCGUCAUUAUGGAUGAGAUUCAUUUACUUGCCAGCGAUAGAGGUCCAAUUUUAGAGAUUAUUGUGAGUAGAAUGAACUACAUUUCAUCUUUCACAAAAAAACCAAUUCGUCUCAUAGGUUUGUCAACUGCUGUGUCAAAUGCCAUGGAUAUGGCUGGCUGGUUGAAGGUGAAAGAAGGACUAUUUAAUUUUCCUUCCAGUAUUCGACCCGUGCCCUUACAAAUGUUUAUUGAUGGCUUCCCAGAUAAUUUGGCUUUCUCUCCUUUGAUGAAGACUAUGAACAAGCCUGUCUUUAUGGCUAUCAAGCAGCACUCGCCCAGCAGACCUGUUCUCAUUUUUGUUCCUUCUCGUCGUCAAACUAGGCUUACUGCUUUGGGUUUAAUUCAUCUUUGUGGUAUGGAGGAAAAUCCAAGAAGAUUUAAUCGUUUGAAAGAGGAAGAAUUGGAGCCAAUUAUCAAGAAGGUGAAAGAUGAUACAUUGAAACUUUCCCUUCAGUUUGGUAUUGGUCUUCAUCAUGCUGGAUUGGUGCAGAGCGAUAGGCGAAUAUCUCAUCAAUUAUUCGAGCAGGGUAAGAUCCAAAUUCUUGUUGCUACAUCUACCUUAGCCUGGGGUGUUAAUUUACCAGCCUAUUUGGUAAUCAUUAAGGGUACUCAGUUCUUUGAUUCCAAGCUCGCGGGCUACAGAGACAUGGAUUUGACUGAUAUUUUACAGAUGAUGGGAAGAGCAGGACGUCCAGCUUUUGAUACCAGCGGUGUGGCCAUGGUGUUUACCAAGGAAUGCAAAAAGAACUUUUAUAAGCAUUUUUUAAACGUUGGUUUUCCUGUUGAGUCGUCUCUUCAUAAAGUUCUUGAUGACCAUAUUGGUGCAGAAAUCGCUUCCGGUACCAUCAAAUCACGUCAGGAUGCCAUGGAUUUCUUGACAUGGACAUUUCUCUAUAGACGAGCACAUCAUAAUCCUACAUAUUACGGAGUCGAAGAUGUCUCCCCGGCUGGGAUCAGCAAGUACUUGAGUGGAUUAAUCGAUGGUGUGAUUGAUGACUUGAAAGAAUCCAAGUGUUUGGUCUCCACAGGUGAGAAGAUGUCGCCAACUCCAUUCUUACAGAUUUCUUCUUACUACUAUCUUUCCCACAAGACUAUGAGAAACUUGUUGAAACGAGUGAAGAGCUCUGCUACAUUCAGAGAAUGCCUUAGAUGGCUUUCAGAGGCCUCUGAGUAUGAUGAACUACCCACCCGUCAUGGAGAAGAGCUUAUCAAUACGGAAAUGUCACAAGAUAUGAGGUAUCCAGCGGAUGAUCUUGAAGAUUGCGAGUUCAUAUGGAGUCCUCAUAUCAAAGCCUUUUUACUUCUACAGGCAUAUCUUUCACGUGUUGAUCUACCGAUUGCUGACUAUGCUCAGGAUACUGUUUCUGUGCUUGACCAGAGUCUACGUAUCUUACAGGCAUAUAUUGAUGCUUGUUCAGAGCUUGGAUUUUUGUCGACUGUUUUGAGUUUGAUCAAGCUUAUGCAAUGCAUCAAGCAAUGUUGUUGGUUCGACCAGGAUUUUGUUUACACAUUGCCAGGUUUAACUCCCCGAGACUUGUCUAAAGGAUCUUACGAUGAGGAUGGCAGUCAUUGGCAUUCAGCUCUCCCGGAAUCCGAGCUAAGCCUUAAGUCUAUUGGUGCAAAGUCGCAUAAGCAACUUGAAGAAUUGGCUAUCAGAUUGCACGUUGAAAAGGGAAGACGGGAUCAGUUCAUGCAUGCGGCUUCGACACUUCCCGUUAGCCAAGGCAAGCUUAAGGUUGAGCAGUCGGACAAUGGUGAGAAACUCACCGUUCAGUUAGUACAUGCAAAUCCACCUUAUAAGCAUGGCUUCAAAGUAUAUGCACCUAAGUUUUCAAAGCCUCAGAGAGAGACGUGGUUUGUCAUGAUCUGUGACCUACAAGCGGAUCAAUUGCUAGCGAUCAAACGGGAAUCCCCUAGAAGAUUCGGCCGUAUAGACAAAGUUGUUGGACAAUUAGAGGUUGAUCCAAGUUUGGCGGGCACCACUAGGGAUAUCCUUGUGAUUAGUGAUUCUACAGAUGUUUAUUACCGUGCCCGGCAUCAAUUUAAAUAG